AUGGUUAAGAAAAGAGUGAGAGACCCGGAGGUGCUCGCGGAUGCGCCUCCUGCUAAAGUUGAUGGCGACGACAGUGGAUCUGACGAUGAUGUGGACAUGGUUAACGUGGAUUUCGAAUGGUUCAACUUCAAGCCAGAUAUUGAUUUCCACGGGACCAAGAGUCUCCUCCGGCAACUAUUCGAUGUGGACUCGCAGCUCUUCGAUUUAUCAGCCCUUGCGGAUCUCAUCCUCUCCCAACCCACAGUCGGAUCUACGGUGAAGGUCGACGGCGAGGAUACUGACGCAUAUGCAUUCCUCACAAUUCUCAACCUACACGAACACCGGGAAAAGAGUGUUAUCAAGGAUCUCACACAAUACAUUAUCGAAAAGUCAAAGUCAAAUCCAGCAUUGGCAGGCCUCAGCAACUUGCUUUCAGCAAAUGCCAAUGCCUGUGUUGGCCUGAUCCUCGCAGAGCGCUUGAUCAAUGCUCCUUCGGAAAUAUCCCCACCUAUGUACACGAUGCUCAUUGACGAGAUAGAAGCUGCUGUUGAAGAUAAAGAGCCCUACGAGUUUACGCACUAUCUCAUUAUCUCGAAAACAUAUCGCGAGGUUGAGUCUUCCCUCGACCGGGAAGAUGCGCCGAGGACGAAGAAGAACAAGUCAAACAAUACUGGGAACGAGAUAUUCUACUUCCACCCCGAGGAUGAGGUGCUGAAACGGCAUGCACUGGCAUCAGGAAGCUAUGAAUAUACCAAAGACGAGGGUGAAGGAAUAGCGGACAGCAAGAGAGCAUUUCAAGAACUGGGGAUCAAACCACAAGGCUCCAUGAUCGUGAUAGAAGCAAGCAAGUUUGAGGGGGCAGUCAAAGCUAUUGGUGAAUAUCUAAGUCCUCCGCAGCAAUGA